GCUGUCGUCAGGGCUGGCGUGAGCGUGGGCUGGGCAGUGGCGUGAUGGGGCCGCUAGUGGUUCCGGCGCUGAGGCAGCGGCUUCCCAGGCUGAAGCCGUUCCACAGAUUACAGAUCACACUACAACACUUAAGCAUGUCCAAGCCUACAGAUUUUUCUGCAGAGGUUUUGCUGGAAAAAAAAGGAUGUGCUGGUGUUAUAACCUUGAACAGACCGAAGGCUCUGAACGCACUAAAUGUUUCCAUGAUUCGACAGAUAUAUCCCCAGUUAAAGAGAUGGGAGCAGGAUCCUGAGACGUUUCUAAUAAUAAUAAAGGGAACAGGAGGCAAGGCAUUUUGUGCAGGAGGGGAUAUCCGAGCUAUCACAGACGCUGGAAGAACUGGAGACAGGUUGGCUCAAGAUUUCUUCAGAGAAGAAUACAUCUUAAACAAUGCCGUUGGUACAUGCCGGAAGCCUUACGUGGCCCUUAUUGAUGGAAUUACAAUGGGGGGCGGUGUUGGUUUGUCUGUCCACGGGCAUUUCCGAGUUGCCACGGAGAAGACCGUUUUUGCCAUGCCAGAGACAGCAAUAGGCCUUUUCCCCGAUGUAGGUGGAGGCUACUUCUUGCCAAAACUGUCAGGGAAGAUUGGAUAUUUUCUUGCCCUGACCGGAUUCAGGCUGAAAGGAAGAGAUAUUCACAGAGCAGGAAUUGCCACUCAUUUUAUAGAAGCAGAGAAGGUGGCAGCCCUAGAAAAGGACUUGACAGAGCUGAAAUCACCUUCCAAGGAAAAUGUUGCAAAUCUCCUGGAUGCCUAUCAUACAAAGUGCAAACUUGAUCAAGAAAAAGAAUUCAUACUAGGUGAACAUACGGACAAGAUUAACAGCCUAUUUUCAGCCAACACCAUGGAAGGAAUUGUCCAAAACUUGAAGCAGGAUGGUUCUCCGUUUGCACUCAAGCAACUAGAGACAAUUGCUAAAAUGUCCCCAACGUCUCUAAAGAUGACCCUCAGGCAGCUUCAAGAAGGGGCUUCCUUGAGCCUGCAGGGAGUUCUCGCCAUGGAGUUCAGGCUGAGCCAAGCGUGCAUGAGAGGCCAUGACUUCUACGAAGGUGUCCGAGCAGUGAUCAUUGACAAAGACCAGUCUCCAAAGUGGAAGCCAGCUACCUUAGAAGAAGUAACAGAUGAAUUUUUGGACUCAUGUUUCAAGUGUCUUGGAAGCGGAGAUCUCAAGUUACAAUAGAAUUGGACUAAGGCCAGCCUAAUUCUGUAUUAAUUCCAGUUUCCUUUAACACAAAGAAGGAAUGUUCACAGAUUCGGCUUUGAAAGGCAUAACCUGCAUUGAGUGGUAGAUGCUUACUAGUAUUACAUAAGCAAGAGGAUUUGCAUUUCUGAAGACAAAGCUUGGCCUUUUAGAGAACCAGGACGGUGCUGUCAUCAGCUGAAUUUGUGCUCUUGUACUUUUCCACGUAAAAUUAAGAUUGCAUAUAUAAAAAUCCAGAUAUUGUUUAGUAGAUUAAACUAGAUAGUCUGUACAGGAGGUGAACCAUGUCGUAAAGAAGAGCCAAAGGGAGUGGUGGGCCUGAUAAGGUCAGCUCUGACUUCUUCAAUGCACCAGGAGCUGAUUUGCAGAGUGAUAAAUUUCAAAUCCAUUAAAAAAUGUGGUGGUAUUUUUCCCAUAGGGGUGUCACUUGCUGAAAACAAAGUCGAUUAACUGUAUAAAUUAACAGGUUCAACUAUGUGCAAAUUUUUAAAACUCUAAAAGGAAAAAUGGCUUUAAAAAGAGAAUGAUAGGUGUCAUAGAAGGCACCACCUUAGAGGGGUUUAUAUGAGAGAGAAAAGGGGUGGGAAAUGCCUAAGCUGUCUACUGUUGGAUCUGGAUCUAUAAAAAUACACAUUGAAAAUAA